AUGUCGGUGUCAUUCUUGUUAGUGUGUGUUUCGGCGACCCUGCUGACAGUAAGCUGUCUAGAUCCUCGCAGCACGUGUAAAUUUCCCGACACCAAGGAAUUCGAUAUUGGUUUCAAAAAGGUAGCCAGUAAAGAUGGCAUCAGGUUGACCAGACGUCAAAGAGCAAUGCAGAACCCAGCUUGUGGUAAAUGGUUAAUACCACCGGUUGUGUCACCCUUCCUGAAGCUUUGCGACGAGAGACGAACAUUUACACAAACCGGAAAUUACGUCAUCUUUAAUUCCAGAUUUUGCCUGGUGUCUCGUCCAUUCAACACUUUCAAAUAUCCAUCGGUGGAAUGCAUAUAUUAUGAAAUGGUGAACAAUCUUGGCCAAAGUAAUAACAUAAUCUUCUAUCUGCAGUUGCCUGCAAUAUUCAUGUUGUUGAUGCUGGUGGGUUGCUGUUGCGGAUGGCUUUUUGGCAGGAAAGAAAAUAAUCAUUCGUGUGCAGUGCGACAGAAUCCAAACGAGAAACCAUACUAUUUUGGCACGACGAAUUUGUUUUGUAUGACGUACAGCUACUAUUUCAGACGAGAAAAACGCACGGCGAAAAUGUUCACGCUAAAACCCGUACAUAGCUGGAUGGAGUACGAUGGACAUUACGUGGAGUUUGGGAUUUAUCACAAUUACAGCAAACCGUACAACUAUUCAAUCUCCAUAACCCAUCCAGCCGUCGGGAACAAGUGUUCUUACAGCUUAGAUAAAACACCCAAAGGUUACAGCAGUCUAGGAAUCGACUGCAUCGAGGGCUGCGCUAAGAACUACAUCAGAAAAUACGGCAAUUAUAACAUCCUUCUGAACAAUUGUCACGUUUUUCUCAACAGGUUGUCGAAGAUUUUGUGUCAUCAAAGUAUCUGCCCAAGCUGGUGUUUAUAUAAUCGGACAAUGUAA